ACACCAACACAGUAGUAGAUACAGACUCUGUAUAUAUAGAUUUCUACAAUGGCGUUGCAAAUUCAUCAACUCUGCCGGCCGGUUCCGUCGCCGUCGUCAUCGUCAUCGUCGUCGAUUGGCUCACUGCCGUCAUGUUUUACCAAACAGUCUGUUGUAGGCGGAGACAUUCAUCGGUUUUCAACUAUGAUGAUGGUUAAUAAGAAGAAUGGAAACAGGAAAGGCCUGAGUUCUUCCGUCAAGGUGAGAUCGAGCCUGGAAACCGCCGGUCCGACGGUGGUUGUUGGACAGGUCACCGAGGUUUGCAAGGACACGUUUUGGCCUCUCGUUAAUGCCGCUGGUGAUAAGACUGUCGUUCUCGAUAUGUACACCCAGUGGUGUGGUCCAUGCAAGGUCAUCGCUCCAAAAUUCCAAGAAUUGUCUGAGAAGUAUCUUGAUGUGGUCUUUCUAAAGCUUGAUUGCAAUCAAGACAACAAGGUAUUGGCAAAGGAGCUAGGAUUAAAGGUGGUUCCAACCUUCAAGAUUCUCAAGGACUCUAAGAUUGUAAAAGAAGUGACAGGGGCUAAGUUUAACAAUUUAGUUGAUGCAAUAGAUGAGGUUAGAUGCAGUUGAUCUACCAUCUCUUACUAUACAUACAUACACCUCCUCCUGCUUUGUGUAUAAUCUUUGUUUCUGAAAUCAAAUUGCUUUUCUCUACUUGUUAA